ACGGUGGUUCUUACACAGCGGCCCACAAACAUGGCUGCGGUCACCGCGGACGGAACCGGACGGGACUCUCUGGAAGUUACCGACCGAAGCUGCCCCGGCGAGAGGGGGAAAAUCGGCGACAAAGAAGAAGAGGAGGAGGAGGAGGAGAAAAUAAAGGCCCUGCCGGACUCCUCCAAACAGGAACCGGGUGACAAUGAGAGCGGAGCAGGAAUGGACGCGAAUGGUGGUGGCGGCGGCGGUGUUGGUGGCCGCUGCGCGACGGAGGAAGACGAGGAGGAGGACGAGGAAGACGGGAAGAAGAGUGCCGUCAAAGACGCCGAUUCAGUUUUGGAAACGAGAAAGAACAACGGUGACGGGCGAGCGGGGGGUGAAUUCGCCGCAGAGGGGGCAAGUCCCGACCGGGGGAGUUUGGUAAGGAGCACCGAGUCCGUAGAAGAAAGCUCCCGGGUGCUGAAAGAAGAACAAAGAGAGGAGGAGGAGGAAGAAGAAGAAGAGAGCGCGUCCCGCACAAAGACGGCGGCGGAGAAAAGCGAACACGGCACCAAAAGACGGGCCAGUGUCGAAAUGUCGUCCUCGGAUGGAGAACCGCUCAGUCGGAUGGAUUCAGAGGACAGUAUCAGCAGCACUCUGAUGGAUGUGGAGAGCACAGCGUCCAGUGGCCGGUCCACCCCUGCCAUGAUGAAUGGCCACGGUGGGGGGGUUGUGGCCGGGGGCGGCACCGCAGCAGGGGGCAAGUCCCUGGGCUACACCUGCUGCUGGGACCACUGCCAGCUCCUGUUCUCCUGCAGCCCUGACCUGGCUGAGCAUAUCCGGUCCACACACGUCGAUGGCCAGAGAGGAGGGGUGUUUGUGUGUCUGUGGAAGGGCUGUAAGGUGUACAACACACCCUCCACCAGUCAGAGCUGGCUCCAGAGACACAUGCUGACCCACAGCGGAGACAAACCAUUCAAGUGUGUGGUGGGGGGGUGCAAUGCUACUUUUGCAUCCCAGGGGGGGCUGGCGCGACAUGUGCCCACUCACUUCAGCUCACAUAGCUCGUCCAAAAUGGCCAGCCAGGGCAAAGUGAAGGAGGAGUCUCCCUCCAAGGCUGGCCUCAACAAGAGGAGAAAACUCAAGAAUAAACGCAGGCGCUCCCUCCCCCGACCCCACGACUUCUUUGAUGCCCAGACAAUGGAUGCCAUCCGCCACCGAGCCAUCUGCCUCAACCUGGCCACACACAUUGAGAGCCUGGGUAACGGGCACAGUGUCGUCUUCCAUAGCACAGUAAUAGCCAGGAGGAAAGAAGAUUCUGGAAAAGUCAAGGUCCUCUUACACUGGACACCCGAGGACAUACUACCAGAUGUGUGGGUGAAUGAGAGUGACAGGUUGCAGCAGAAGACCAAGGUGGUGCACCUUUCCAAGCUGCCCACAGAUACAGCGGUGCUCCUUGACCCCAAUAUAUACAGGAUGUUCUUCUGAUGAUCUUCAAAGAACGUUGUCAAGUCACAUCCUGCUAUCCACUGACCAAUAAGAAAAUCUCCUCAAACUCCCCCCCCCUCCUUUUUAGUGUCAAAUGUCCCCCAUGACAAUGCAGUGAGUUCAUUAGAUCUUUUUCUUUUUUCGUUCAUGGCUCUCAACUAUCUCAGUCAUGUUCUACAUAGCUGCUAAGCUUAUUGAGAUGUUUUUUUCUUCUUGGGGAUGAGACAUUGCUUUUGUGAUGUAGGUAAUGCAACUAGACAGAGCUAACUGAAAUAAAGGUAAACUGACAUUUGACAAGUUGUAGAGAACUAGACGUGUAGGGAAGACCUGUUUUUGUAAAUACUUCUGAAGAUUUGUAAUAUAUUUUUAUACUUGGAAAUUUUACUGUAAUGUAGAUAGAUGUUCUUUUUUUUCUGCCAAACAUUUUUUUUUUAAAUAGAUGUUCUAAAGACUGACAAUAUUGGUCUAUGUGCAUAUAGUUGACAGCGCUCUGUUUGAUGUCAUUAAAGUUUUCAA